AGGGGCAACAUUUACAGGUGGUGGUCGGCCUCUCCCUCCAGAUUGUGGUGGAGGCGGAGGUUACCCCCUGGGUGUUCCCCAGCUAUCCCACGGUGGUCCCCUCCCAUCUGGGCCCGGCCACCUCUCCCUUCCCCCUGGACAUCCAGGCCACCCAGGCCAACCCGGACCCCCAGGAUCUCUCACCCAAGUGAGCAGGCCGGUAGGCGCCUUCAUGGGUGGUCCUCCAGGCUCCAAGCAGCCCCUCUAUCACCCUUCACAGGGUGGAGAGUUUGUUGGUGCUGGUGGUAUGCCAAUGAGACAACCACAGUUGGCACACGGCAUGAUGGGAAUGGGGGGUCCGGCUGGUCCUCCAAGGCCUGGGAUGCAGCAACAGGUGUCCAGGACGGGGAUGACAAUCGGGGGGUUGGGGCCCGGCUCAGGGCCUGGGUCGGGGUCUGGUCACCCACAGCAUCUACGACAGGCCCUGCACCAUAGUGGUGGAGGGGCACCACUCCCACGUAUGAUGUUUACCGCUCAGCAAACACACCAACAACAACAGCAACAGACCGCAAUGUGGCCUCCGCAGCAGCAUGGGGGGCUAGUGAAUUCCAUGCAGCAUCGCAUGCCCUGCAGCGAUGGCCACAUGGACCCGUCGGCUAAUCACCAGCAGUCGCACGGACACAUAUUUCCUGGAGGGGGUGGGGGCGCCAACGGUAGCUGCAACCCGAACCCCAAUGCCCAGUUUACCCAGCAGGCAAUGCGGUCGGGGAUGCCCGGAGGCGGGGGUGGGAACAAUUUUGCCCCCCACCAAGGACCUCCAUCGUUACCCUCCAACCAAGGGGUCGGGGUGCCGUCCUUACCCAGGAGACUGAUGCAGAAGCUGGGUGUAUCCACGGCAGGGCAGCCCAUACCCUCCAUGGUCCACCAAGGGCUUCAGCCUGGUAUGAGGCCCAGGGGACCCCUCUCGGCCCUGGCUGGGAUGAAACCCAUUCCCCCUGGUAUGAUCCACCACCCAGGCCACGGUAUGGCCCCACCUAGCUAUCCUGCCUCUGGGGCCGUCGUCGCCAAACACCCCCACCCACACCAACAUCCCCAUCCCCAUGGGCCCGGGUAUGGACCAGGUCAGGGGAACCCUGGACACAAGCUACCCCCGUAUGAGUACACUCAGCGGGGGCAGAGUAAUGGGGGGAUGGGGGGUAGACCUGGUGGUGGUGGAGGAGGGGAGGUAGACUUUAUUGACACUCUGGUGGGGUCGAACGAGGACUGGCUCAAUAACCUCACUAUGAUAGAUGAGUACCUGGAGCAGAACUCAUAGGAGUGGGGUCAAAGGUUAAAUGUCAGGGGUCAGUAAAUUGACUUCAUUCCUGUACAGAAACACUGGGGUUAGGAGUGUGAAAUGGACAGGGGAUAUAGAAGGCGUAUGAAGGCUUUAUAACUGGUAAUAACACGUGUGUGUACAUUUCUAGAAGGUUGUAGAAAGUGCCAUGGUUAUACCUAACUUGAAUGGACGGUUUGAGUGAAUGUGAUUGGUUGCUUCAGAGUGAUCGGAGCACUACACAGCCAAUCCGCUGCUACCGCAUAAACCAACCUCCCACCCCAAAAUGGCUACAUUCCCGCAAGGUGUGCUGUCCCUUAUUCGCUGGAGGCCAUAUUGGAAAGAGGGAAUGGACAGAAAACGGAACUCACGGAUCACAUGGAACACACAGAACCUCAUCAUCACGUGGUUACCUGGGAAACAGAAGCUUCACUCUAAAGAGCUAGCAGCAGAGUAGUGGAGUCCAAGCAUUCUCAUUGGUUGUUUCUGUGUCUGAAGCUUGAACAGUGGACUAAUAAAGUUGUUUGAAAUCCUCUCCCUUGUAGGGAUUUCUCCUAUCAAAGGGAUAGGUGUAUAAAACACACUGUGAUUGGAUAAAAUCAAUGUCCUCCAGCAAUGCAGUUGGUCCAAUGUUUUUCAGUGUAUUGUUGUGAUCCGUUUCCAAAAUAGCAGUUGAAUUUGCAACACCAAAUCUGAGGUUGACUUUUGUAUCAAAGUAAUUGAGUGUGAUUUGGAAGCACAGCUCAAAAACACAACAAUUGCAGAUCAACCAUUCGGAUUAUCUCCUGCUCUCACAUAAGGUCUUUGAGCCAAUCAAAGGUGAAUGAAUAUACAGGGAAAUACAGCCAAUCCCUGAUCAAUUUGGUGUAAUAUAAAUCACUGAUUGGCCAAAGGAACUACAGAGGUGAUCAGCCAAUGUUGCCAUGGCAAUUUGUUAUCACUAUUUUGAUUGAAAUCAGGCAUGUGGGGGCUUGUACACAGGAAACUAUUUUGAUUGGGAUCAGGUGUGUGGGGGCUUGUACACAGGAAACUAUUUUGAUUGGGAUCAGGUGUGUGGGGGCUUGUACACAGUAAACUAUUUUGAUUGGGAUCAGGUGUGUGGGGGCUUGUACACAGUAAACUAUUUUGAUUGGCAUCAGGUGUGUGGGGGCUUGUAAAUAGUAAACUAUUUUGAUAAACUGUAUCAUACACAAAAGAGAAGUACACAUAUUUAUACUUCUUUUCUGCAGAUUUUAAAAAAGAUUGAAAUUAUAGCUCACAAAAUGAAAUCUGUUUUACACUAGAAGAAUCUUAUUUUAAUUUGUUUUAAAUAUGCAAGACAAUACAGUUUGGGUUUUUUCUCAGUAAUACUGUGUAUUACAAUGUUAUGACAUAUUUGUUAUGUUUUUUGACAUAACUCGACUCCUGGUGCCCCAAUGGCAAAAGGGUUCUUUUGAAAGGUGAUGGAGAACCUUUACGAACACACACACCAUCUCUCCAUCUCUCACUCUGGCACUACCCCACACUCCAUACCUGUGAGGUGAAAGUUGAAUGUUGAUCAUCUUGGUCCAUCUACUGUAGUGUAAUAUCUUUGUUCACAGACAAUAUAUCUGUCGAUUUAGACAUUAUCAACAUUUCAUGACAAUCCAAGACUACAAUAUAAUCUGUUAGAUCUGUAUGACCUUUUCACAAGGUAAACAACACGUAAAGUGGAAGGCACUAUCAUAGAAUUAGAAUGAGUAGAACAGGCAUACCCAUUCAACUCAAUUGUGCUAUUGGGUUCCAAUUCCUUUCGUUUCAUUCUAUUUCUAAUGGCACUUUGCUAUGUAUGUCAUUCCAAUACCCACAACAAUCUACUGUGCCGCACUCUAUAAGGACACAUGUCAAUAGUCUAGAGUUGGCUCCUCUCCUUGUCUCCUUUCCUUCAUUCACACUGAUCUGAACAAAAUUACUGGUCGGGUGAAAGCUGGUUUGCUAGUAGGAUUCCGCCAUAUCGCUUUCACCUAUCCUAUUCCUAUCCAUUCCCAUUGGUGCUGAUGACAGAGAGGAGACUAGGAGAGUAAGCUUGUUAUGACUAUUAGGAGGCUCCCCCAGUAGGGUUUCCCCUACCUUAGGACCACACAGGCAGGUGGACGGCGAUUUAUAAGCCGUGACAAGGGGUUAAUCGAUUAUCUGUGAUUACAUUUUUGUUCUUGUCUUGAGUUUUUUUUUUUAUAUAUAUAAUAAACUGUAUAGAUGGAAAAAAAGAA